AAAAGAAACGGCAGAGGCAUCCCUCUAUCAAAAACUGUCUCUCUAUUUGCUUGCACCCUUCGCAGUGAGUGUGGCCUCUCAACUCUGUAAAAAAAGCCCUGUUCAUACUUGGGGAGAGAGAGAGAGAGAAACAGAGAAGUGUCUUACUGUUUAUGGUAGAGGAGCAGAGCAGAGAGGUAGUAGACAUAUAUAAAAGAGAGAUGCAGCAGCACCUGAUGCAGAUGCAGCCCAUGAUGGCAGCCUAUUAUCCUAACAACGUCACUACUGAUCACAUUCAGCAGUACUUGGACGAGAACAAGUCGUUGAUCCUGAAGAUUGUUGAGAGCCAAAAUUCUGGGAAACUGAGUGAAUGUGCAGAGAACCAAGCAAAGCUGCAGCGGAAUCUGAUGUACCUGGCUGCCAUUGCUGAUUCUCAACCCCAGCCUCCCACCAUGCAUCCUCAGUACUCUUCCACCGGUAUGAUGCAACCGGGAGCACAUUACAUGCAGCAACAAGCGGCUCAACAGAUGACACCACAAUCGCUCAUGGCUGCGCGCUCUUCCAUGAUGUACUCCCAGCAGCAGUUUUCAGCUCUACAGCAACAAGCCCUGCACAGCCAAUUUGCCAUGAGUGCUGGAGGAAGCGCGGGACUUCACAUGCUCGGGAAUGAGGGAAAUAAUGCUGGAGGCAGCGGGCAACUUGGGGCUGGAGGGUUUGGUGAUUACGGACGCAGCUCUCCUGGAGAAGACAUGCAUAGGAGGAUGGCUGGCGGGAGUAAGCAAGAUAUGGAUGGGAGAGGCGGGAGCUCUGGAAGCCACGCCGGAGAUGGGGGUGAGACUCUUUACCUGAAAUCGACCGAUGACGGGAAUUAAGAGGUGAAAAUGAUGGACAUUUUGGUCUGUUAACAUCCGAACUUAGGGAAUUAGGUGAGGAAAUGAAAUUAGAGAGGGGAAAAAAGACUUGCUGCUUAAGGGACUAGUGUUUUAUCUUUGGAGCGUUUAUCCUCGAAACUUGGAACUAUGGUUUUUUUUAGUGAGACAAUGCAGUUAUGGUAAGCAUAUCAUGUAAAAUUUUGUAGGCUAUCUUCUUGAUGCGCUUUAAUUUUUAUGUCGAAAUUUUCGUGCUCGAUUCGUUGGUUAUUUUGAA